AAUGGCGCAUUCGCCGCAGGCUCCGGCCGCUAGGAGACAAGAGUAGGAGCCGCCAGGCCGUGCGGCGCGCGGAAGGCCAGGCCGCUCGGAGGCUCGAGACCGGCGGCGUAGAGCGGCACCCGGAGGAGGAGGACCAGGAAGUGGGCGGGGGAGCGGGUCGGAAGAGAAGGGGCGGGGCCGUGGCGCAUAGCUGGGGAGGAGCUGGGGGAGGGGCAGGGCGGAGGUGGGAGGAACUGGGGGAGGAGUAUCUGGGGCUGAGGUGUGGGAAAGAGCUGGGUGAGGAGGGGCUUCUGGAGGAGGAGGCAGAGCUGAGGAGGAGUGGGGCCGAGCUGGGGAAAAGCCCGGCAGGUGCGGGGCGGGGGCGGAGCUGACAGGGAUGGAGCUUGGGCCCCUGGGAACCCAUGCAGGGUGGGCGAGGCCAGCUCAGUGGCGGAGGCCAGGCAGUGCCCUUUUGAGUCCUUUGCCUUAGGCGUCCAGUCCGCGCCGCAACAGUCGGCAAGGGUCAAAGUGGCAGCGACCCAGGGUCUUUAGCGACCAGAUCCGAGCCUCAGAAUGGACCCCAGGGGACAGGGAGGCGGGGGCGAGGGGGGGAGGGGAGGGCGGGGGACGGGGGAGGGAGGGGGAGAGGGCGGGGCCUCUGGGCAGAGUCUCGCACCUCUGGGCUGAAUGCCCAGGCCAGCUCCCCUCCAAAGCCACCCUGGGACUGCUGGCCGAGCCCUGCGGGACAGUCUUUAUCUGGCCUUUUCUGAGGUGAGAAGACAAUUUCUCACUCGGUUUCCUGUUGCCCCUGGGACCUGGCAUGUCCCAAAGAAAGCCAGCUUCCCCUUCAGAGCUGUUUCCUGUCCUCUUCCUCCCGGUGGGGGCGGGGCCUCAGCCCACUCAGUGCCGCCCACCUGGCUCUGCUCCUCCUCGCGUUCCUUACCGCCGCCGUCCCUCCCAUUUCCUUGGUGACCAAGUCCUGUGUCCCUGCCUCCCAAGUGCCUGAUCAGAAUAAAUGCUCCUCUUUCUGUCCCCACUGCUACUGGCUGACUUCAGGCCUCAUGACCUAGGGCCGGUGCUGUCACCUGAGUCUCCCCACCGGCCGGGACGCCUCGUGUCUCUCCUCCAGUGGGUGCCCCACAGGCCAUGGGUUCCGUGUCACGCCGCACAUGUGUCCUCGUCAACGCCGGACUGAAAACCCUGCCGAGCCCUCUCCUGUUUAAGCCCCAACACCUCGUUGGUGCCCUGGGAGGGCCUUCGAGUGGCCCCAGCUCUCCGUCCUUGUCGCCCAGCACCCUGGGUGCCUGUGCUGUCCCUGCACGCUGCGCGCACGCGCUCUGCGGGUCUCUACACUUGGGCACGUGCGGUUCCCGCUCCUGGACCCCUGGUUCCUCUUGUCCUGGCAAGCUCCUGUCCUCCCUCCAGGCACAACUGUAACGUCCCCUUCUCUGCCCGCCGCGGGCGUCAGGAGCUCCCGUCUGGGGUUCUGGCCGCGCCCUGUACCUUCCUGCUGCCUUCCUUCGCUGGGCUCUUCUUCCCGGGCUGGAGCUGCUCUCCAGGAGUCCCGGGAAGACAAGGACAGGGUCUUACUCGUUCCUGUAAGCCGGGCGCCUGACACAGCUGCUGCUGCUGCGGGGAUGUUGGCUCCACAGAGCGCUGCUUUCUCUUCCCGCGGGCUGGCCUCCUCUCUCCUUGCAGAAGCCCGAGGACACAGGAACGCCGGCCCCGAGGAACAACGUCCGGGCAGGAACAGGCCUUCUCUCCUUCCUCUCUGCUCACCCGGGUGUCAGCCUCGGCCUCCAGCCUGGCCGCUGCCGCCUUCCGCUGCCCGGGGCCCCUGCUCCCUCCCGGCCCCUGUGACUGGGCUGCAACCCACAUCACAGGAAUGCCUCCUCCCGCCCCUUGGGGGCUGGUUUCCUCCUGCCUUUGAAGGCCAGCUUUGGACUCCGCAUUCGCCUACACCCUCUCCGACUUGUAAGCGCCCCAAGCGUCAGCGGCGUGUCCCGCCGGCCCUCCCGCUGGAGGCUGCCGUCCACUCCCAGGCCCGCCCCCUGGGGCUAGUGGUCCCCGAGGAGGCGGUGCCCCGGCGUCCAGCGCUCUGCCCGUGAGAAAGGGCUCCUUCUUGACUGGGUAAGUCACUGGGUCGCCGCCUGGCUUUAGUUCCGUGCCCUGGACUCAGGCAGGGCAAGCCCCGGGGCGGCCGUGCAGCUGCAGGAAGACGGCCGGCCUUGUUUACUCUGCCCCAGCUCCCGGUUUACCUCCUGCCGCCCCACAUCUGGCCUGUUUCUAACACGUGCUCCCCUGCCCCCGCCUUCCCCUCUGUCCCCUGGGCAGCUCCUGUUGGCCGUGUCCCUCUCCACACGGCCCAGAUCGGGGGCUCCAGCCUGAGGACCGCAGGUAUUUCUGAUUCUGUCUUAGUGACUGGCGCUGCAGGACCUCGGGAAGGAGCUGCACACAGGGGGACCCGCAGACGUGAGCAGCCACUUUGCCGUCACUGCUCGGGGUGGUGGCUGCGCAGGGCACGUGGCACAGCACGGGGGGACUCCUGUGCACUUCUGGCGAUGCCCCCACUUGCAUUCACGUUACAGACCGUUGUUUCACCUUUGGCUGGGGGCGGGAGAUGCUCGUCUCCACGUCGGCGGCACUCGUGAGCUCUUGGGUCUACGUGCUCUUUAGCGUCC